AUGGCCGAUCCCACUACGUCAAAAGGUCCGGCGGCAACCGACACACAGUCGGACGAGAUUGGGAUUGAUGCGCCCAUCCCGAAAGGCGAGGUCGACUCGGUCUACGAGGCCAAAGCCCGGGUGUUGAACGCUGCAAUUCAAGAGAUUGGCAUGGGAUGGUAUCAGUGGCAGCUCUUCAUCGUCGUUGGCUUUGGAUGGGCCAGUGACAACCUCUGGCCCAUCGUGACAUCGCUCAUCUUGACGCCCAUAACCAAUGAGUUCAACCCCGCCCGGCCGCCUCUUCUUUCUCUGGCACAGAACAUCGGCCUCCUGGCCGGAGCCAUGUUCUGGGGCUUCGGCUGCGACGUCUUCGGCCGCCGCUGGGCCUUCAACCUCACCCUGGGCAUCACCAGCGUCUUCGGUCUCAUAGCCGCUGGCUCUCCCAACUUCGCCGCCAUCGGCUGUUUCGCCGCGCUCUGGAGUUUUGGCGUUGGCGGCAACCUGCCCGUCGAUUCGGCAAUCUUUCUUGAGUUCCUGCCCGGAUCCCAUCAGUAUCUCCUGACAAUCCUGUCCAUCGACUGGGCCAUUGCCCAAGUCAUCGCUAACCUGGUGGCCUGGCCCCUGCUCGGAAACAUGACGUGCCAGGAAGGCGAAGCAUGCAGCAAGAGCAAGAACAUGGGAUGGCGCUAUUUCAUCAUCUGCAUGGGCGGCCUUGCCAUGAUCAUGUUCUUCAUCCGCUUCUUCUGCUUCACCAUAUACGAGUCCCCCAAAUACCUGAUGGGCAAGGGCAAAGACGAAGACGCAGUCCGCAUAGUCCACGAAGUCGCCCGCCGUAACGGCAAGAUCUCGACCCUAACCAUCGAAGACCUCCGCGCCUGCGACGACCCCACCGGCACAUCCCAGUCAUCCACCACCGCAGCCGCCGCCCUGCGCCGCCGCCUCGAGAAAGUCAACCUCACGCACGUGCGCGCCCUCUUCGCCACCAGGAAGCUCGCCUUCUCCACCUCCAUCAUCAUCCUCGUAUGGGCCUUCAUCGGGCUCGGCUACCCUCUGUACAACGCCUUCCUCCCCUACAUCCAAGCCACGCGCGGCGCCGCCUUCGGCGACAGCAGCACGUACCUCACGUACCGCAACUCGCUCAUCAUCGCGGUGCUGGGCGUGCCGGGCGCGCUCAUCGGCGGGCUGCUGGUCGAGGUGCCGCGGCUGGGCCGGCGCGGCACGCUCGCGCUCAGCACCGCCGCCACGGGCGCCUUCCUCUACGCCAGCACCACCGCCCUCGACAGCACCGCGCUGCUCGGCUGGAACUGCGCCUACAACUUCUGCUCCAACGUCAUGUACGCCGUGCUGUACGCCUACACGCCCGAGGUCUUCGUCACCAGGGACCGCGGCACCGGGAACGCGCUGACGGCGACGGGGAAUCGCGUGUUUGGCAUCAUGGCGCCGAUAAUCGCCAUGUUUGCGGAUUUGCAGACGGCAGUGCCCGUGUAUACGAGUGGUGCAUUAUUCAUUGCGGCGGGGCUUAUGGUGCUGGUUCUGCCGUUUGAACCGCAGGGGAAGGCGAGUUUGUGA